AUGUAAACCAUAAAACAAAAUGAUAUUGAAGACGAUUAGGUCUUAUAGAACAUCAAUAAAGAGCAAUAUAGUGAAUUAUUUAUUGUUCCAAAUCAUUAAAUUAGUAUUCUGUCAAGGAAUUCUGUCGAUAAAUUGUAAGUCAACAUUUAAAGUUCUAUUUCAAAGUUUAAAUAAUUAUUGAUUAAAGCUAAAGAUAUAACUUUAUAAAAUCACUUGAAUGAUGAUUAAUAUAAGACAGCUGUCCAAGUAGUUUAAGUAGCUUCAAUAGGGUUAAUGUAAGUUAUGAAAAUCAAUGAAUUACUUGAAAAUAAGGUAUUAACCGUUGAGUAAAGUGUUAGUUGUUAAAAAAUUCUGUGUACAAUUGAUUAGUUAAAUAAAUAUUCGACAAAUUUGGUACUGGAUUAUAUGAAUCACAUAAUUUUAGAAAAAGUUUUAGAGUUAUUAAAUUAGUUUGAAAUAUUAGAGAAAGAAUAGAAAAGAACUCUUGCAAUAUAUUUAGCCAAAUUAUAGUCUUGUAAUGAAAUUCUUCCAGGAGCUACAAUAGUGAAAUAAGAUGAUUUAUUUGCAAUAGCACCUGACCAUUAGGAUUGGUAAAUGAUAAAUGCUUUCAUUGAAAAAAAGCAAUUAGCUAGUAAUGAAUAAAUAAAGAACUCUUAUGAUAAAGUAACAUUUGGAGUUCUUCUUGGAAAUGCUAUGAUAUCAAAAGGAUUAGAAUAUAAUGGAGAAUUAAAAAAGGCUUUUAUGGAGGGAUUUGGAGCAUUAUAUUAUGGUUUAAAUAAGAAAAAGAUGAAAAGCAGAGCCAAUCAUUUUCUUGCUAAAGCUAAAUAAGAAGAUGCAUUUAGAGCUUGGAAUUUAACAGAAACAGGUAUAAUAAAAAGAUUCCUUCCAGCAAUAUUCCCUUCAAUUUCUUUCAAUAAAAAAAUUUAUAUUCCAAAAUUAUUUACAUAAAUAACUAAAGCAUAUAUUUUGGAAUAAUAUAAAGAAGGAAAAAUAAAUAAAAUUAAUAAUGAUUUAAAUAUAUUUUUUCCAGACGAAUUAAUAUCAUUAGAUAAUUUGUUGGAAAAUGAUUUAAAUUAAGAUAGAGUUUAAGUAAGAAUUUUAUGUUAUGAAACUCUGAAAUUUAAAUGUGUUGAAGGAUUCAUGUCGAUGUUUAAAAAUGAUAUAAGUAAAGAAUACAAUUUUGAUAAGAUAAUUAUCCACAUACGUAAAUUAUAAUUAUAAAUAGUAUAGAUGGAGGAGGUUUUGUUGCUAUGUCAUCAAGAUCACAUUAAACUUAUACUAGAAAAUGGGCUAACAAUUUAAGAGUUCCAGUUUUUUCUAUUGAUUAUAAAAUGGCUCCAGAUCAUCCAUAUCCUGAAGGAUUAGACGACUGUUGGUAGGCAUAUAUGUUCAUUAUUACUUUUAUUCAAAAGUUCUUUAAUGUUAUACCUUAAAAAGUGGUAUUAGUAGGAGAUAGUGCAGGUGGAAAUUUAGUUGCUGCUUUAACUAUCUAAGCAAUAAAGGCAGGAGUCAGAGUUCCUGAUGGUAUAUUGUUAGCUUAUCCUGCUUUAUCAUUAGAUAUGAAGAUAUUCACUCCUAGUUUUUUAGUUUCUCUUGAUGAUUCAUGUAAAAUAAUUUAUAAUAUUAAGUAUUGCAUCACACAGUUUUAAAAUUAUGUUUAAAUUCCUAUGUUUAAAAAGAAUUUAAUUAAACUAUUGAUCCUAUGAUUUCUCCAUCUAUAGUUAGUGAUGAAAUUCUGAAAUGUUUUCCUAAAAUCAGAAUUGUUGUUGGAACUUAUGAUCCACUUCAUGAUGAAAGCUUCAGAUUAUUGUUAAGACUUGUUAAAUUGAAAAAAGAUGUUAAAUUAAUUGAAUAUCAAUCUAUGCCUCACGGAUUUCUAUCUUUUGAUAUAAUUAAUGGAAUGAAAGAAGCUACAUAAACUGUUAUUGAUGCUUAAAAUUACUUAUUCGAAAUGCUAAAUUGA